UAUUGCCGUGUGUUUGCUCGGACAAAAUAACAAACCGGGAUACGAAUAAACAAAUGUGAAAUUUGCCAUACAAAUUUAAGCAUAUUGCAACGAAGCACCCGCCCGACCGAUACUUUCCUGCCUACCCGAUGGAGCGCAAUCACCGCGAGGACCAAUGUAAUGAAAUCGAAGCGCUCGAUUCCAUCUACUGCGGCGAGCUGGAAGUGCUGGAAACGGAGCCGCACAAGUUCCGAUUACCGAUUGCGACCACCGAGUACGAUACGGAGGUAGAAACCGAAGGCCUUUCCUGCAAACUGCUGUUCACAUACACAGAAAAGUAUCCCGACACGGCACCACUGGUGGAGAUCGAAGAACCGACAAACUUCCACGAUGGUUACGAGGAGGAACUGUUGGAACACAUCCACAAAACGAUAGAGGAAAACAUCGGUAUCGAGAUGAUCUUCUCGCUGGUAUCGUCCGCCCAGGAGUGGCUAAACGUGAAGUACGACGAGCUGAAAAAUGCAGCAGAAACGGCCAAGGAAGAAGCCAAGCGGAGGGUCGAAGAGGAAGAGAUGAAGAAGUUCGAGGGAACGCGCGUCACGGUGGAAUCGUUUAUGGUGUGGAAGCUGCAGUUUGAGCAGGAUAUGGGCAUUACGGAGCGGAAAGAAAAGGUAGCGGCCGAAUCGCGCAAGCUAACCGGACGGGAACUGUUCCUCAACGACAAUACGCUCAACGAGUCCGACCUGAAGUUCCUCAUGGAUGCUGGGGAACCGAUCGAAAAUGUGCGUAUCGAUGAGUCGCUGUUCCAAAAUAUUGAUGAUCUUGAUCUGGAUUCCGACACGGACGAUGAGGAUUAUGUACCAGAGUAGGCGUGUUGGAUGAAUAUCGGAUGGAGUUUGCUUGUUGCUUGAAAAGACUGUGAACUGCCGAAAUACAGUGAAAGUU